UCGCCUCAAAUGUAAAGGCAGGGGCAUUUGCUCAGACGGGGGCGGCUUCCAACUCACGGCAUCACACAAUCACGCGCCAAAUGCUGAAUCAAUUGAGCGCACGGCAGCAAGAGCCAGCCUGAAGGAGAGGGCGCAGGAGACGACGGAAGCCCCUGCGCGGAUCAGGAUGGCCGUCGAAGGAAACAUGAGCCGGGCUGCACGCACCGGCAUGCCUGCUGCCCCACAAGUCAACAGAUAUAUACGGCGGUACAGACAGGCUGUCGGGCAGAACAUCGGCCAGCCGAGGACGAUCGAGGAGCUCGUGAUCGCCAACGAAGACCGUCUGACGAAACCAAAACCCGAUCAGCCACCAGAGCGUUUCCUCCUGUAUGAUAGUGCAGAGGAUGACGGCUACCAAGGCAAGCGGAUGCUGAUAUUCAGCAGUGACUGGGGUCUAAUGCAGCUCGCCAACGGACAGCAUUGGUUCGCGGAUGGCACAUUUAAAGCGGCACCAGCUCUGUUCACACAGCUAUACACUCUGCACACGUGUGUGCUGGGACAGACAUUCCCAUGUGUCUAUGCGCUACUCGUAGACAAGACCGAGAGAACGUACAGACAGCUACUGAGUGUCGUACGUGAAGCGAUUCUGGAAAGGUUUCCCGAUACCGAUUUUGUCGGGUCUAUUCUUAUCGACCUGGAGAUCGCCGCCAAAAACGCGAUAAGAGCUGUGUUUCCGGAGAAGGAACUGAAGCUCUGCUUCUUUCACAUGUCGCAAGCCGUCUGGCGGAAGGUUCAGGAGCUGGGGCUUCAGGCUGCGUAUGCAGCCGACGCCGACUUCGCGCUCAAGCUACGCUGCCUGCCGGCCAUCGCGUUCCUGCAAGAGGCAGACAUCCCGGACGGCUUUGGAGAGGUCGGUCGACAGCUGCCCGACGAGGCCGUUGAGCUGCUGCCCUACUUCGAGAGAACCUACAUCGGCCACGACGUGGCAGGGCGAUGGAUACCACCGCUCUUCGAGCCGCGCGAGUGGUGCCAGUAUGAUCGUACGCUGGCCGGGCUGGCCCGAACUACAAACGCCCUGGAAGGCUGGCAUCAUGGCUUCCAGAGUCGACUGGCCUGCAACCAUCCAAGCACGGCCACCCUGCUCCGAACCCUGCGGGAUGAGGAGGACACGGGACGCGCAGAGCUGGACAAGCUUAUCCGUGGCCUGGAGCCGGGGCGGCGACGCCAGUGGGUAGUGCUGGCAGCAAGGGUGCAGCGUACAGUGGAGCGCCGACAAGACGGCGAGCUCAGUGUUACGGAGCUGGUGCGAGGGAUCGCGCACAACUUCGCGUUCUAA